AUGCAUCGGUUUAUUUACGGUUCUAAUACAAGAUCAUUAUCGAACCUUUUACGAAUACAUUCCUCUCGGAUCAAAAUUUAUAUUCAAAGUAGAUAUAAAAGUUCAAAAAUAAAUCCUAAAGAUCAAAAAGGGUACAGUACAAUCAGUGAUACCACAUCGUCAACGUCAUCAUUACCAUCUCAAGACAUUCCAACAUCUAGCAGUUGUGAUAUUACUUCGAGUUUCCGUAUCCCUUUAGAUCAAUCGAAUUUAAAACCAUCCUCUUCAUCAUCACCACCUCAAGAAGCAGAAGCUUCUAACCCAAAGUUUGAACAAGUGGAACAAAAAUUUCAUCAACUUCAACAAGAAGCAAAAACAAGAGAAUUAUGGUCACAAAGCGUAGAUUAUACGAGUAGAAUCAUGUUUACUCGACCAAAAGAAAUCUAUGAUUUUAUUAUAAUCGGGGCUGGUAGCGCAGGAUGUGUAUUGGCCAAAGAAUUAAUUCAUUCCUUGCCUAAUAUAAAUGUAUUAGUGUUAGAGGCCGGACCGCCUCAUGCUCAAAUUAAUGAUCGUAUUUGUUCAGUUUUCUCUCAUGCUAGUGUUUGGAAAACAUUAGAAGUUGAUUGGGGAUAUUUUACGCAACCACAAACUAUACAAAGUUGUAUGGAUCCAAGUAAAACGUUGAACAUGGGAUCAUUUAUAUAUCCGAGGGGAAAAGUGUGGGGAGGUUGUAGUAGCGUUAAUGCAAUGAUAUAUAUAAGAGGUCAUCAACUUGAUUAUGAGGAAUGGGCAUCACAAGGUCCUGAUUACAAGAAAUUUUGGAAUUGGGAUAAAUGUCUUGAAGCAUUUAAAGCGAUAGAGAAUAAUCAAAGGAAAGAAAAAGAUGAUGAAUUUAAAUAUUAUCACGGACAAGACGGAUUGUUACAUGUAGAAGAUUAUCUUGAAACCUUUGAUAUCUUAAAUGAUUCAAUUAAAGCUGCUAUACAAUUUGGUGUACCAUUUAAUAAAGAUUUUAAUGGAUCCAAACAAAAUGGGGUAGGAAAAUAUCAGUUAACUUCCAAGAAUGGACAAAGGUCUUCAUUUGCAAAUGGGUUUCUUAAUGAUGCAUUAAAUAAGAGAACAUUAACAUAUCCUCCUUUUAAACCGCUUGGAGAGCCAUAUGGUUCUUCACAUGGAAUAGGAAAAAUAUCGGCUGUUAAUGUUAAAUCUACCUCUCACGUAUUAAAUAUACUUUGGGAUGAUGAUAACUUUUCGACCAUUGAGGAAGGGAAAAAGAACGUCGCUAGAGGUGUCAAAUACUUUUAUCAAGGUUGCUUACACGAAGCUUAUGUUGCACCCAAAGGAGAAGUAAUUCUUUGUGCUGGGGCUAUUAAUAGUCCUCAAAUAUUAAUGUUGUCAGGAAUUGGGCCCAAAAAACAAUUGAGUUCUCAUAAUAUUGAUGUGAGAAAGGAUUUACCCGUUGGUAAUAAUUUAUUAGAUCAUCCAUUAGGAUACGUUACAAUACGAACCGAAGUACCAAAUUCUACCAUGAAUACAACAUUACAUGAAUGGUCAAGCGGAACGGAAGUUGGAAUGUUUUUUAAAGCUAACGACAAGGGAAGAUUACCAUCUCGCGAUGAAUUAUUACACGAUCGUCCAGAUAUUCAAUUAACUGCUGCAUCUACUAUAUGGGAUCCGAAAUUAAUGGCAUAUACAGAAGAUGCGAUAACAUUAGCACCUGUCUUGAAUAAACCAAAAAGUGUUGGGCGGUUAGAAUUGACUAACUCAAAUCCGUUUCAACAACCCAAAAUUUAUUUGAAUUUUUUGGAUAAAGCUGAAGAUAUAUAUAAAUUGAUUAGCGCAUUAAAAGUAACUUUAGAACUACUAAAACAACCAGCUUUAGCUAAAUGGAAAGUUAAAGAAAUUGGAUUGAAUGACGAAUAUUCUGACGUACGAAAGGAAAUUAAGAAGAAAAUGAAACGUAAAGAGGAGAUGAAUGAUGAUGAUUGGGAGGAAUUUCUCAGUAAAAACAUAUUUACAUCGUUUCAUCCGUGUGGUACGGCAAAGAUGGCACCGGAAGAGAAAGGGGGAGUAGUAGAUCAUAAAUUACGUGUGUAUGGAUGCGAAAAUUUACGUGUGGUUGAUGCUUCAAUUUUCCCAACCAUACCUGCUGGUAAUACCAAUGCGCCUACUGGUAUGGUUGCCUGGAGAGCGAGUAGAUUAAUCGAAGAUGAUUAUAAAUUCAAAUUAUCGUCUUAG